AAGUAAAAACAAUUAUUUUUACAUCUUUUUUAAAUCAAAGACUUCUAAGGAAUUAGAAUUAAAGAAUUUUCGAAUAAAUGGCAAGAAUUACAAGAAUAGCGUUAGACUUCGCAUUGAUAACUGCUAAAGCCGUCAAGCCUGCCAUUGGUACAGCGUGGCAAUAUGCAAAAAUAGAAAUGGCACCGCCGUUAACUGUUGCAUAUUUUGCCGGACGAGGUGGUCGUAAAAUAGAAGAGCUUGCAUCCAAAACAGCAAAUAACUUAAUCGCUAGCUUAGAAACUAUGAUACGUGAUAUGGAAGCAGAAAAAUUAAGGCAAAUAAAACUUAAGGAGGAAGCUGUGAAAGCGGCACAAGAGAAAUUAAAAGAAGAAGCCAGGAUUGCAAAAGAAAAGGCUGAAAAAGCUCUGUCAAAAUCAAAGGUAAUUAAAAAAAGAGCGAUAAAAGUUGAUACCAAGCCAAAGGUUAAAAAAGAAAGAAGAGGAAAAUCAAAAGGUGAAAAGGGGCCCAAACGAAGAGGCAAAAUGUGA